UUAUUCAGUUGUUGAUAUUUAGCUUUGGGACUUCAAGGAGGUUCAUAGCAAAUUCAGUUUCUUAUAAAGUUUAUGAACAUAUGACGCUAUUUUACUUGAUAUACAUAAUCAGAUGCAUACUGAUGCUCAUUGCUUUAACAUGCAUAUAAUGCUUGCCAAGAUCAAGCAUGUUGGCUAUUUGAUAUUGUCUCCUGUCCAUUUUCUGCAGCCAAAAUGCCAUUUAUCUUGAGGAGAAGGAAAAGAAGGAAAAGGAAAUGAGGAAUCAGAUUAUCACUGAAGCUGAGGAGUAUAUACGAGCAUUUUAUGAGAAACGGAAGCUCAAUUGUGAGUCCAACAAAGCUAACAACCGAGAAAGGGAGAAAUUGUACCUGGCCAACCAAGAGAAAUUUCACAAAGAAGCUCACAAACAAUACUUUAAAGCAAUUGCAGAGAUUAUACCCCGUGAGGUCCCUAAUAUUGAGAAGAGGCGAGGCAAGAAGGAGGAGGAGAAGAAGCCUUCAGUUUCAGUCAUCCAGGGCCCAAAGCCUGGGAAACCCACUGACCUGUCUAGAAUGCGCCAACUUUUUCUCAAGCUGAAGCAGAACCCUCCACCACAUAUGUUACCUCCUCCUGAGAAAGACAAAGAUGGUAAAGAUGGAAAGGAAGGAAAGGAUGCAAAGGAUACGAAGGAAGGAAAGGACGCCAAGGAUACGAAGGAAGGAAAGGAUGCCAAAAAUGAAAAGAUUUCCACACCAAAGGAGGCUAAGGAUGGAAAAAGUGAGAAAAUUGCCACGCCAAAGGCCACUAAGGAUGCCAAAAAUGAGAAAAGCCCUAUAGGAAAGGCAGCUAAUGAUGCCAAGAACGAGGAAAGUGCAGCCCAACAAGGAUCUCCAGCUGCUGCAAUUGACAAGCUUGUUUCACCAGUCAAGGAUGCUGCGCUACAAGGAUCUCCAAGUGCUGCUAUUGACAAGCUUGUUUCACCAGUCAAGGAUGCUGCACAACAAGGAUCUCCUGCCGCUGCUAGUGUUGGUACUCCAAAAGGACCAAAGGCGGAUACACCAACUUCAAUCGAAGGCGGAAAAGUUGCAGAAAGUGAUUCUACAUAAACUGCAUAAUUUAGUUCUUGAUAAUGCAUUUUCUCUUCUAGCCUAAUUAGUUUUCAUUAUGCUUGUCUGGAGUCAUUAUCAUUCAUUCAUUCUUUUUACCUUGUUGUUCUAUGUCUAGUUACAAAUAAGUGUGAUUGACCUUUUGAGGACAUACAGCCAGGGGCUUUCUUCCUGAUGCGUUUUAGGCUUGUUUUUUUUUUUUUUUUUUUUUUUUUUUUUUUGCUUAGACACACGAUGAGUUUGUUUUUUUCCUUUCCCCUUAUACCAUUGGGAGCAACUAUUGUAGCAGGAAUUUCAGCUUGUUAUUUGUGUGCUUCGAAGUUCUUGGUUUAUAAUGUGCAUGAGUUCCUGGCAUAGAACUGUAAUUCCAUGAAUAUUUGAU